ACAUGAUAAAGUUAAUUCCCUUGCAAAGAUUGCAGUAAAUAAAGACAAUGUUGAAUGGCAUUCUAUUUCCGGAGUAUGGAAAGUAUAGCAUGACCUUGGGGCUCCCUUCUCUCUGUGACGGGAGCUUGUCGUAUAUAAGAUCCGACGGAGUGCCCAGUGCCAUAAUACACGCUGUUCUUCACUCUCCAGCACUCAUCCUAUCAUCAUGAAGCUCGUCGUGGUGGUGACCUCCGUGCUGGUGCUGCUCGCCCUGGUCAUCACGGCCGCCCGCGCCUUGCCCGCCCCGCAGCCCUUCUUCUUCGGGAAAAAGUUUAAAAAGGGCGGCUGUUGUGGCGGCUUUGGCGGUUAUGGUUAUGGUGGCUACGGCGGCUAUGGAGGUUAUGGUGGAUAUGGUGGAUAUGGUGGUUAUGGCGGCCACGGUGGAUAUGGUGGCUAUGGUGGCUAUGGUUACAGGAGUUUUGGGUAGGAGAGUCUGAUGAGAGUGGGGAACGCAGCAGCAGCAUCUUGGAUUGUUAACUACGUCACCAACGAGUCAGCAAGUAGUCACCAACCAGUCAGCAAGUAGCCACCAACCAGUCAGCAAGUAGUCACCAACCAGUCAGCAAGUAGUCACCAACCAGUCAGCAAGUAGUCACCAACCAGUCAGCAAGUAGUCACCAACCAGUCAGCAAGUAGCCACCAGCCAGUCAGCAAGUAGUCACCAACCAGUCAGCAAGUAGCCACCAGCCAGUCAGCAAGUAGUCACCAACCAGUCAGCAAGUAGCCACCAGCCAGUCAGCAAGUAGUCACCAACCAGUCAGCAAGUAGUCACCAACCAGUCAGCAAGUAGUCACCAACCAGUCAGCAAGUAGCCACCAGUCAGUCAGCAAGUAGCCACCAGUCAGUCAGCAAGUAGUCACCAGUCAGUCAGCAAGUAGCCACCAGUCAGUCAGCAAGUAGCCACCAGUCAGUCAGCAAGUAGCCACCAGUCAGUCAGCAAGUAGCCACCAGUCAGUCAGCAAGUAGUCACCAGUCAGUCAGCAAGUAGCCACCAGCCAGUCAGCAAGUAGCCACCAGCCAGUCAGCAAGUAGCCACCAGUCAGUCAGCAAGUAGUCACCAGCCAGUCAGCAAGUAGCCACCAGCCAGUCAGCAAGUAGCCACCAGUCAGUCAGCAAGCGUUCACCUGCCCAGAGACGCCAUCCUUGUGGCCCAAACUCACAUGUAAACAUCAACAUAAAAAGGAUGUAUUAACCUUAAUAUACAGAAGCAUAUCUAUGUUCCCCUUCCAUCAUACUCGCAUAUUAAAAGUAUGAAGUUGUUCUCGUGUACCGCCACAGUGUGCCAAAAAGUAUGAAAGACAUUUCUUUUAAUAAACAUUAAAGACGUAA